AUGGAUCCGGUGCUUCAUCAUAAUUUCUCGGCCGGCGCAAUUUCUUCCUCAGCUUCAACUCUCCUGGGUCAACACAAAUUCAUGGAAAUGAUCAGGACUCAGAAUAUUUCAUUUCGAGAGAGAAUCAGCUCUAGGGUUGCGGUGAAAUGCAUUGCUUCCCCUCCGGUUGAGGAUGUCCCUGCCUUGGCUCAUAGGACAAAGGUGGCUCGUAAUGAACAUGUAGCUAAGCUUCAAGUUGGUUAUCUGUUUCCGGAGAGAGCGCAAGCGUUGUCCACAGUACAGGGUUAUACUGGAUAUGGAGCUGAGCAAGGUGACAAGAACUUGAGAGCGGCAAUUGCUUCAACAUUCUAUCAAAACCUGGGCAUUGAGGAAGAUGAUGUGUUUGUUUCAGAUGGUGUAAAAUGUGAUAUAUCCCGUCUUCAGGUCUUAUUUGGUUCCAAAGUCACUAUGGCUAUCCAAGAUCCGGCUUACCCAGCUUAUGUACGGUCAAGCGUGAUUCUGGGGCAAACUGGGCCGUUCCAAGAGAAUGGGGAGAGGUUUGCGAAGCUUGAGUACAUGAAAUGCACUCCAGACAAUGAUUUUUUCCCAGAUUUGUCCAAUGUUGCCAGAACAGAUGUCAUUGUUUUUUGCUCACCCAAUAAUCCAACUGGUUUAGCUGCAUCAAGGGAACAACUCACUCGGUUGGUACAGUUUGCAAAGGACAAUGGAUCCAUCAUUGUCUACGAUUCUGAGUAUUCAAUGUACAUGUCGGAAGCGCAUAAACCACGAUCCAUCUUCGACAUCCCUGGAGCCCAAGAAGUGGCCAUAGAAGUUUCUUCAUUUUCAAAGUACGCCGGGUUCACUGGAGUACGUUUAGGUUGGACAGUUGUUCCGAAACAGCUUCUAUACUCGGAUGGAUUUCCAGUGGCUAAAGACUUCAGCCGCGUUAUUUGUACUGCCUUCAAUGGUGCUUCCAACAUUGCUCAAGCUGGCGGUUUGGCUUGCCUUUCACCUGACGGCCUCAAGGCAAUGAGCCAAAUGGUUGGUUUCUACAAGGAAAACACUGGAAUAAUAACGGAGACAUUCAAUGAUCUUGGAUUUAAGGUGUAUAGAGGGGUAAAUGCUCCAUAUGUGUGGGUGCAUUUUCCAGGACGAAGCUCCUGGGAAGUAUUCAGCGAAAUUCUUGAGAAAACCCAUGUUGUCACGAUUCCUGGCAGCGGGUUUGGCCCUUCCGGCGAGGGCUUUGUUCGGGUCAGCGGCUUUGGGCACAGGGAUAAUGUGUUGGAAGCCUGUAAAAGAUUUAAAGACUUGUAUAAGUGA